AGUCGAGGCGCAUCCGGUGGAUUCAGGAACUAGAGAGUGCAAAUGGCGCAGACGCAUGGAUUGCCAACAUUAUUUACACUUUCACCCACUAUUCCUUCCAAUAAACAUCUCAAUUCUCUACGAGUGCGUUCUUCAAAAAUUAGGGCAGAUAUCUCACUCGACGUCGAAGAACACCCUUUUCCUUUUCCCCCAAACGCCAUGCGAAGGAAGCUUGAUUCCAGGUGGUUGGGUGGAUUCAGUCUAGGAAUUGAUCUUGGGUUGUCUCGUACCGGUCUUGCCAUAAGCAAAGGAUUCUCAGUUCGCCCCCUCAAGGUUUUAGAAUUAAGGGGCCAAAAGCUUGAGAAGGGCCUGCUUGAAAUUGCUCAAGAACAGGAGGUAGAUGAGUUUAUUAUUGGGUUGCCCGUUUCAUCGGAUGGAAAAGAGACGCCACAAUCUAAUAAAGUUCGUAGUGUUGCUGGCAGGAUAGCCAUUUGGGCUGCAGAGAGGGGUUGGAGAGUAUACUUACAAGACGAACAUGGCACAUCUACAGAUGCAAUGAACCGUAUGAUUAACCUGGGCCUCAACAAAGCGGAUCGCAAACAAAGUCUUGAUGCUUAUGCAGCCAUGAUGGUGUUGGAGAGGUAUUUCUCGGAAUUAGGGGAGAGGGUAGAGUUGGUUUUGCCAAAGCAAUUGGAGCUCCAAGAAAAGCUUCGAAAAGGUCCACCAUCAGAAUCAGAUGAUGACGUGGACUUCUUUUAAGAUGACAUAACCAUUCUUCACUUCAUUCACACAAUGAAAAUAUGAAAUGGACCAAAACCCAUGAUUCCUUUUUGGGGUGCACAUUGUGUUUGCUUCAUCAACAAGACUUGGUGUGAAACACUUUAAAAUGGAAUUGACCCAAGUUCAAAUUUCACAUGCUUCAAUCCCAACCUUGAGUUGUACAUUGUGCUUUGGGAAAUUUCAGAGGCAUAGGAUGAAAGAAUGUAUGCUUGGCAUUGAAUGGUGUAUUAGGUGGAACAAAUAUGAAAAUUUGUUACUAUUUUAGUGAAAUGAUG